AUGUCUUCAUUCACCCAUUACAUUGGGCUGGCUAUCAUUGGGGCUUUGCUUUACGGCGUGAUUAAGUGCGUCUAUAACCUCACGUUGCACCCUCUAGCACGCUUUCCUGGCCCUCUCCUCCAUCGCGCAACCCGUCUUUCCUCCUGUGUUCGCCUCAUUCAGGGUCGCCUUCCCUAUGACGUCCUUGACCUCCACCGCCAGUACGGCCAUGUAGUACGCAUCGCCCCGGACGAACUGUCUUUCGCCCACGCCGAUGCCUGGAAGGAGAUAUACGGACGUCGGCCCAUGGGCACCUCUGCCGCCGGCCCCGAGGAGCUGCCCAAGUACAGCACAUUCUACCGCAAUGCUGGGCUUCCACAUAGCAUCGUCAACGAAGACAGGGAGAACCAUGCACUCCUGCGGCGCAUGCUAUCCCCUGGCUUCAGCGAGCGGGCACUGAGGAACCAGGAGCCCGUCAUCGGGGGCUACGUCGACCUGCUCAUGCGGCAGCUGCACAGGCACAGCAAGGUCCGCGAGACUGAUGUACAAGGGGACGACGACCUGGACCUCUCGGGCACGGGGUGCGAGUCCACGCUGGAACUCCAAGGCCAGCAGGUCGGUGCGCCCAAGCCCGUGGAUCUCAAAGACUGGUAUAUCUGGACCACGUUCGACGUCAUUGGCGACCUCUGCUUUGGUGAACCCUUCGGCGGCCUCGAGCGCGGGCGCUAUGAUCCGUGGGUGGCCCAGCUCAACUCGGCGGGACCCAUCUCAGCGUGGCUCUGGACCAUCAAGUAUCUGGGUUGGGACCGCGUGCUGGUCCGCCUGAUGCGGUGGCUGGUGUUGAACCGCGUCGAGCUCGCGCGCCGCACGACCGAGCGGCUGCAGCGGCGCAUGGCCAUGCCGACCGAGAGGCUGGACCUGGUCGCCGGGCUGCUCAAGAAGCGGGAGGGCUCGGCCCUGGAACCCCUACAGAUCCGCGUCAACGUGGGCACGCUUGUGCUUGCCGGGUCGGAGACGACAUCCACGCUAUUGUGCGGUGUGACGUUUCUUGUGUUGAAGCAUCGCGAGGUCAUGAUGAGGCUGAGGGAGGAGGUCCGGUCCUCGUUCGCCCGGGAGGAGGACAUCACAAUAUCGUCCGUAACCAAGCUUACCUACAUGUCGGCGUGUCUGGAUGAGGCGCUUCGAUGCUAUCCGCCUGCAGCAGCCGGUAUGCCUAGGGAGGUCCCUACUGGUGGCACGACCGUGGCUGGUGAAAUUCUUCCUGAAGGUCUCAUCUUCAACUUCGACAUGGAGCUUGUCGACCCGGGGGACGACUGGUUGAAUCAGAAGUCCUAUUUGUUCUGGCACAAGACGCCGUUGAAGGUUUACUUAACAGCUGUACGUAGAAACGAGUAA